AUGGAAACGAAAUCAGGACCAAGUAGUAUAGAAUACAUCGAAGAUCCAUAUUUUAAUCCACAAGAUAGUACUGCAACACCAAGUUUAGAUGAAAUUGAUUCAAUUGAAUCAGACGAUGAUGAAAUUGAAACAAGAGAAUCACAAACUGAAUUAGAUUUAUUCGAUUAUCGUUCAGUUGGUGAUAAAUUUAAUUCGUUAGAAUUAAAUGAUGAUUCGUUAAAUAUUGAAACGGAAUUUUAUAUGGAUUGUAAUAGUAACGGUGGUAUUUUAAAAUAUAUUAAAGUGUUUCGUAAAGAUGAUAAAAAACAAGUGCGUGUAAUUUAUAGUGAUUUAACGAAACCAUUUAUGGCGAAAAUGUCAAAUGAUGAUAAUUUUAAAAAUUAUUUAGGCUUUACGCUACAAUCAAUACAUGAUAGUUAUAAACUCAACCAGUUUUUUUCGAAAAAAGUUACUUAUUUCAAAAAAAUGUUUCGGCCUGCUGAAGAAGCAUUUGGUACCGGAGAAGAUCAUUUUGCUGGAAUGAACGCUGAUGAAGCGGAUCGACAACGAUUAAUAUGGGAAGCUGAACUUGCUAAAAUUGAAGAAGAAAUUGCUACAUUACGUUCAGUCCUUGCUAGCAAGGUACGAACAAGCAAUGAUCUUAAAAGAAAAUUAGGAAUCACAGUUUGGCGUGAAAUUUCUGAAGAUGUGAAUCAAGGAAUUAAAAAUGUUAAAGAAAGUAAUGUGUAUCAAAAAACAUCUGGUAUUUUGAGUGGAAUUACUGAAAGUGUUACCAGUAAAAUAGGACAAAUGCGUCAUUCUGAAUCAUUCCAGAAAAUGGGUAGUGCUAUAGAAAAUGUUAAAACUAAAGUGACUUCAAGAUCAAGUUCAAUUCAAAGUUUGGAUGAAGCCAUCAAUCAACAUCAAGGCGCAGGCAGUACUCGUUCAUCAACCGCCACAAGCCCAACAAUCCCUGAAAACAAACCAAUUGUUUAGCCCUCGUCGCCAUCAUUUAAUCAAUCAAAGCUUGUUCUGGAGGAAUUCAACAAUCAAUUCACCAUUGCUUAAAUAUAUGAAGAAUAUAUAUUUUUAAAACGA